AUGUCUACAAAAAUGAAUAAAGUGCAGCUUUCAAAGGGUAUUUUGCAAAUGAAAUUUAUGUCAAGGACAAAGGAAAAACUAGACAAAGAAGCAGAAAAUGAACGAGGACGGGCACUGUAUGCUAGUGAAAUUACGGAAAAAAUGUUAUCGGAAACAGUAAAGUAUAUCAUAGAACCUAGCUAUGUGCCGUGCGAGAAUCUUAUCGAAGGCCGUAUCAGCUACGGUGGCAUGAAUCCAGAAAUAGAGCGAAUUAUUGAAAUCGAAUCCGGUGUAGACGUCGCAAAACGUGAGCGAGAGGAAGCCGCCAAGAAGGCAAAGAUGGAAACAGAUGUUCCUGACGCAGAGAUGGCCCGGUUCUACUCCAGUGUAAUGCACACCAUGAAUAAGAAGUAUGAUAACCAUAAAAAGAGACUGCAGCAUCCACUACCGUUAAACAUAAAACGCGCAAGUUGA